AUGGGGCGCUUUUGUCACUACAUUAUCCUCACAAGUCUCCUGGCCGUCUUCACAUGCACCCUGGCUCUCCCUAUGUCCGCCGUAAGUCAUGCUUUUUGCUCUUAAACCAAAUUCCCCUUCCCGGUCCACAAAAACACACACACACACAUCUUUGAAUUGACACGUCAAGGUCACUUGCGUGGUGAAAAUGUUGCUUGUACACAACAUGACGCGAGGCAGUGUGCUAGGGAUCUAAUCCAUCGCUAGUAGUGUGGAAAGGCGUCCACCUGACAGACCUUCAAAGCGGUUAUCGGUCGUCUGACUGUUCUCGCGAGAUCACUGAAAUCACACUCAGUGGAUCACUCACCUAAUGUCACCUCGGUAGCGUGCUGCGCGCUUAUAUAGACAGGGUGACGUAAGAGCACUCAGACAGUUAGCAGUGUAACCCACAGCAUCACGGAAUAUUCCGCGAUGUGAGAAUGUAUGUGUGUACAUGUACGCAUGCAUUGGACAGAGCACUUCCAACCUGCACUUGGCAUGAUGUCCGCUUGACACCUAGAACACUGCAGUGAGACAAAUUACCCUGCAACAAGUAGAGGCCUGCCGUCUGUGUGCCAGUAAGCAGAAAUUACUAGACUAUCCUAACUACCCGACGAAUUGCCGAGUAGGAGUACCCUGACCCUCCUUCCACCUCUUGUCUUCCACAGACCGACCGAUACUACAUUAGACGGAGACCGGAGCACCUCUUUGACACGGUGGUUGUGGACGAGGCGGUAGAGCUGUGCAAGAAGGAGCUCGCCAAGGACUACAUGACGGGACAGGGCUCGGGAAAAGACGAACCCUGGAAGUGGCAGCAAACGGAGGGCGGUGACGCCUACUUCAUUCUGAAGUCGGACGUGAAGGACCUGAGCGUGGGUGCAAACUGUCUCUUCCUCACCUCCCUGGAAAUAAUGGCUCGGCGGAUAGCCCUUGAGGCGGCCACGGAGGAACCAGCGGACGCACAGGAUCCGCGCCCCACGACGGCCGACUAUUUUGUAUGA